AUGAGGGUAUCCCUUCUGUCGGUGCUUCUGUUCGGUACAUCGGCCUACGGAGGUUUCUUCGGGGGUGGUGGCUAUGGAGGAGGGGGCUACGGACAUGGAGGAUUCGGUGGACAUGGAGGAUUCGGUAGACAUGGAGGAUUCGGUGGACAUGGAGUAUUCGGUGGACAUGGAGGAGGCUUCGGCUUUGCUGGACACGGAGGUGGCUUCGACUUCGGUGAUGCUAACGGUGGCGGCUUCGGUUACGGAGGUCACGAUUCAGGAGCAGACGAGGAUGCUGCGGCUCUUUCUGCCGUCGGCCUGACGCGACUUCUCGGAGGUGGAGCUGGACACGGGCAUUUGAUAGGCGGCGGCAGUGGUGCAUCGUACACGAUCUCCGGACCCACCCAGGUUAUUAAUUCCGUCCACAAAAUAACCACGACCAGUAGCGGGGGUCAAGUUCUUUCGCAAACUGCAGGUGGUGCUCACGGAGGAGGCCAAGCCAAAAUUCUCAUUGUCAAAGGAAGUGGCGGUCGCAGAGGCGAUCAUGGCAGUGGUUCCGGAGGAGGCAGUCACGGCGGUUGGCAGCCAGGAGGGCAUAAUAGGGGCCACGGGGAUUGGCAGAGAGGAGGUCCCGGACAAGGCUGGUGA